GCAAAAUGUCGAUCGAUCCUGCCAUUCCUGUUGCAUCUUUUGCAUGGGAUGUCUUGAAGUGGGUAGUUGUUCCUGUCAAGCGCCAAUUCGGAUACGUGAUCUCCUCCAAGAGCUACGCCCAGGAUCUUCAGAAGGAAGUCGGGAAGCUGGCGUACGAGGCUGAGAGGAUCCACAAUGCCGUCGAAGUGGCCAGAAACAAUAUUCGGAUGGUCUACAGUCAAGUCACCGAUUGGCACGAGAGUGCAGAGAAGGCCUUGAAGGAGGCGGGAGAGCUGUUGGGAGAGUUUGAAAAGGCGAGCAAGAGUUGCUGCUACGGGACUCUUCCCGACCCCAACUGUCGCUAUCAGUUCAGCAGAAAGGCCAAGGAAAAGAUCGAGCUCCUUCAGCGACUCGCUCGAGAAUGCAGUGAAUUCAAGGAUAUUUCCUUCAGUGGUCCUGCUCCGGGGAAUGUGGCUGCUCCGACUCCGGCCAGGAGAGAAGGCAAAGAUGUCGUACAGUCGACCACCGCGGUGGCCUCAGCUCCUUUUGCCUCGAUGUCAAUUAAGCUUAAGGACGACGGGAUGGUCCAAUCCAGAGAAUUGAUCAUGCAGGGGAUCAUGGCUGCUCUUACUGAUAACAACAAUAGCGUGGUCGGGAUUCACGGAAUGGGCGGGGUCGGCAAGUCCACCCUAUUGGACGACGCCGAAAGGAGGAUAAAGAAAGCGAAGUCGUUUGAUUGGGUCGCUAAGGCCGACGUGUCGGAAAAUCAAGACAUCAAGAGGAUUCAAGGAGAGAUUGCGCACGCGUUGGACCUGGACAUAAAGGAUGUGGAGUACGUCAAUUCGCGAGCGGAACGUCUGCGCACGAGGUUGGAAAAGGAGGUGAGGGAGAAGAAGCAGGUGCUCAUAAUACUGGACAACCUGUGGAAAGGGCUUGACUUGAAGUCAGUAGGCAUUCCUUGCGGACACGACAACAAAGUCAUAGGAUGCAAGUUGCUGUUGACUUCAAGAUUCCAAGAUGUUUUGAGUAGGGGUAUGGGCUGCGACAGGGACUUCCUCCUCGAUGCGCUGAAGGAGGAAGAGGCAAAACGACUGUUUGAGAGGACGGUGGGCGACAAAGUUCAUCACGAUCCAUUCAAAUCCUUGGUGGAUGAAGCACUCAACAAAUGUGCAGGUUUGCCUUUCCUAAUUAUUGCAAUGGCGAAUGUUUUUAGAGACGCGGAUUUUCGCGAAUGGAAGGAUGUUUUGAGACAAAUCGAGAUGUCUACAAACAGAGGACUCAGUGAGACGAUAAACGAGAUGUUGCAGUUGAGCUAUGAUCGUUUCAAAGGGGAGGAUGGCAAGGAGGUGAAGUCAUUGUUACGCCUAUGUGUUGUUUAUGGUGUCUCUAAGCCCUCUCUUGAAAACUUGGUGAGGUAUGGCGUGGGUUCGAGGUUAUUUCGAGAAGAUAGCAGCAUGGAAGAAGUGAGAGACAGGUUGAGCUCACUGAUCCGAACCCUGAAAGCCUCAUCCUUUUUGUUAGAAGACAAUGAAGAUGUUGAUGGUUUCAAGAUACACGACUUGGUUCGUGGAUUCGUUGCCUCGGUAGCUUCAAGAGAUGACCCUCUUCUGGUGUUGAAAAAUCAUGAUAAGUCGGUGAUAGAAUUGCCGAAGGACAAGCUCAAAAGUUGCACAUCGGUAUGCUUUCCCUACGUUGACAUGGAGGAGCUUCCUGAAGAGUUAGAUUGCCCUGAAAUGCGGAUCUUUUUGUUGUUCACAAACAAUGAAUCUCUUAAGGUCCCAGGCUCAUGUUUCAACUCUAUGAGAAAACUCAUGGUCUUACAUCUUUCUCAAGUCGAGAAUAGUCCCUCCGUCCAUCACGUCCUCCAAUUACCAUCACAUACAGAGUUUAAGAUGUUGGAGUCAUUACUUUUCAAUAACCUCAUCAACUUGGAAAAGAUAUGCAACAACCACAUCUCCUCCAAUUCCUUCAGUGCAUUAAAGAACUUUUGCACCGCAACUAUGGCUCCUUCAAGUUGUGCAUCAAACGACCAUGUUGGCACUCAAGUUGCAUUCUUCAACGGGCAACAGGUUUCAAUCCCAUCCUUGGAGUCCUUGAAAAUGGUUGGACUUCCCAAUCUGGAAGAUAUAUGGACCGAUGAAUCUCCAUUGGGGCUGAGCAGUCUCCAAUCUCUUAAGAUUGCGAAGCUUGAAGUGCAUGUGGAACAAGAAUCCUUGUGGAAUUGUGAGAUUCGAUAA